AUGAGACUCCUUACUGUCCUGCUGCUAGCCAGCCUGGCCUCAGCUGCCCCCGCUGUCCUUCCAGUUCCCGAACUCUUCCCCAGCAGCCACCCCAGGAAGGACCAGGUCUCCAAGGAGGACCUUGCUAAGGAGGUGUUCAUCUCCACAGAAGAGUUGGUUUCCGAAGAGAACCCGAUGAAAGAACCCACAAAGCCAAAGAGCCAAAAGCUCAAGGUGCCCAACACCGCAUCCCGAGAGGACCAAGACAUGAAUACUGAACUGCAAACAGAAGCAACUACAGAGCUACCUGCCAUAACUGCAACCACCUCAGAGAGAAAACUGGCCAAGCUCAGCCACAAGAUCGGGAAGGACCUGGACCAAACAGUGAAAGGAAUCCUAAACUAUCUGGGAAAUCUAGUCCCCGAUGCCGGCAUCAUGAAGCUAUGA